AUUCAACAUGGUGGUAAUAUCAUUUUCACGUGUGUUUGAAUUUUGUUAAUCGACAGGAAGAAUGUUUAAAAGUGUAAUUCAUCAGUUUGUUCGUCCCUUAGCACUGUGCUCGUCAUCAACACAGGUUCCAUUGCGAGGAUAUGCGCGACGGGGACACAUUCCAUUCUACAAACCGUCAGAGUUUGUUCAGUUGAACGAAUAUGAUGUUGCAGACGAAUCAGAAAUAAUUUCAGACUUGGAUCAAAUUGAAGACCAGCUCCUCCGGUCUAAGGCAGAUAAGACACGAGAAGAAAAGAAAGAAAGAUUGUUGCUGAAAAAGAAGAUCGUGCAAAGGAAAUACUUCAAGAAAGCAUCUGAACUGAAUCUCCUCUCAUGGAAUGCAAAAGAACAAAUUCGAUAUCUUAACUCUGAAUACCCUCACGAGUGGACUGUGACCAGAUUAGCAAAGAGCUUUCCUGUAUCGGAGACAGGCAUCAUCGCAAUUCUCAAAUCAAGUUAUGUGCCAAAACAACAGUGGGAAAUAGAAAGACAUGAUAAUCGUGUCCGUAAGAAUUGGCUUGCCGUGAGAUCUUACUUGAAGAAAAAUGAUAAUGCGUUGGAAGACAUUGAAGGUGGACCAGUAGAAGAAUCAGUGAGGCAUCUUACAUCAUCAGAUAAAUUUGCCUUGGUAAUAAAUGCAGGUGGCAUUGACGGUGUUGUUGUUCCAGAUAGGCUUACUUCACAGACACACCAGAGGAAAGUUGGACUUUUUGAGUCCAUAGUUACAGAUUUUAAAGCAACCAGAGAACCAAAACAUCAGUAUGCUAAACAUUUUUCUGAUGAUAAGUCUUUGCUUGCAGAAAUUUCCAGUAUGGAUAAUUUGAAGUCAGAUAGAGAAAACGAGCUGCUUGUUUCUGAUCAUGUAACAGAUGCAACAAAGAGAGAGGAUGCAACAGAAGCGGGAGCUCCUUCCCGCCGCCAGAAAAGAUUAGCACAGACCCUUGGUAUGGGAAAAGUAGAGUUAACAUCACUCAGCGAUUCACAACUAGAACACUUGAGUAUGUUUGAAACUGGGCCAAUUAACAGUGUCCGCCAGACAAAACGCAAUUCUAUGUGGUCAGAGGUAGAGUCUGAAUGGAAUGCUGAUCAGCUACAUGUGGAAGAUACAAAGAGAGAGCUUCAAAUAAGAGAUAACUUGACAAUUUCUGAACUUAAACAGGAUAACAUGGAUAGGUUUCAUGAAAAAUCAGAGAAGUACCCUUCCAUGUUAAUGAACAGGAAAUCCUCAAGCAAAAGGGAAGAUGUGUAUGAAAAGGACAGUUGUGUAUAUGAUGAAGAUGGAGAGUUUCUGUAUAAAAAACCAUGACAUUUUCAUACCAUUUCAUGUUACUAGCCUGUAGGGUUGUUUUGACAAUAAAGUUUACAUGUGAAAGUUUCAAAAGGAAAGUGUACCCUUAACUAGAAAGAGAGCUUUCAUUUAUACUGUUGUAUUCACAGUAAGCAUGGUAAGGCCAGUGUACAUGGUAUAACGAAUCACUAGAUUAUCAUCAUGGUCAUCCCCUCCCAUCUUCGUCUUAAACUUCAUGUCAUACCGCUUUUAACAUGUUAAAUAUUUGAUUAAGCUUUGUCAGGUUGUUGAAUAGAUAUGUUCCAAAAAUGACUGAAUUGAUCUUUAUAAGGAUCAAUUCAGUCCUUUUUGGCACAUAUCUAUUCAUCAAGGGAAAAAAACCAUGAUAAUCUAACAAUUAAUUUAUAAAAAGCUAAUGCUUAGAAACUGGUAAGGUUGAACCAAGUGUACAGCUCAUAUUGUUUGUAUGUCCAUCUUGUAUGAGUGAAUAAAACCUGCCUCAGUGAGAGCCACAA